GGCGGAGGUGUAAAGACCAAUGGCAACGCGCGUGCGUACGGGAUGGCCAAUGGGAGCGCGCCGGGCGCGAAGGGCGGGGCCACACGCAGGCCAAUGACGCGCGGCGCUGUCGCCAUCGGCGUGAGCUGCGCGGCGACUGGAAGUGGCUGUGCGGCCGCGACUGGGAAGGAGGCUGCGGCGGCGGCGGUGGCGGCGGCGGCCGGGACGGCGGAGGACACGGACGAUGACUUUCUGAAAGGCUUGCCCGUCUACAACAAGAGCAACUUCAGCAGGUUCCACGCGGACUCCGUGUGCAAGGCCUCGAACCGCCGUCCCUCAGUGUACCUGCCGACCCGAGAGUACCCGUCAGAACAGAGUGAGUACUGCAGCGCUUCGUCCUCCCUGCAGGCCAGGAGGGGCCACCCCUGCCAUCUGCGUAUCAGACUUCAUUGUGACCGAGAAGACGAACAUCCUCCUGCGCUACCUGCACCAACAAUGGGACAGAAAGAACGCUGCCAAGAAGAGAGACCAAGAACAGGUGGAGGCAGAGGGCGAGAGCUCAGCGCCACCCCGCAAGGUGGCCCGGACCGACAGCCCCGACAUGCCCGAGGACACCUAGGCCCCACACAGCGCCCCGCGUCUGUCUGCUCUGUCCGUUCCUGCCCGCGUGUGUAAGCGCAGCCUGCCUCCUACACCCAGCCUGCGCCCUCCAACCUCAUAGGACCCAUGUAUUUAUUUUCCUUGAGUUUUUAUUUAUGCUGUAACUCGUGUCAAGCAUUGGUUAAAGGGACGUCAGGCCCAGCGCCGUGAGGUGUCAGUAGAUGCUUUUUUUAAAGCACAGUGGUGUCCCCCACCCAACCACCCGCCAGAGACGACGCCAGGGUCCAAAGUCCGGGGCGGCCUGGUCUCCCAACAAGCGACCUGCCUUCGCGUUCUCCUUCCCGUUCCCACCCACAGGCCGGCCAGGUCUCGGUCCUUGGAACCUCCCGGGGCCCUUCCAUGCCAGCCCUUACUCUGAGCCCACGCCAGGGCAGGAGAGAGCCGGCCCUCUGGAUCUUUCUCUUAAGUCAUUUUAUCAUGGACUAGCCCGUGCUCCUCCUCCAUCCCAAUAAAAGGAUCUUUCCUACUUCACCCAGCGUCUUUGGUCCGCACACCUCAGCUGGAGCCACUGGAACCGGAGUGACUGGCAUAGGGCUGACUGCCGCACCUCCUUUCCCAGGGGUCCUUGGGUUCACAUUUCCCUGGGAGACAGAGCCCAGGACAGCGGCACAGGGCUGACAGCCACCCAUCGUGGGCAUCAUGUGGGAGGCCCGCCUGCCAGCACUAGUCUCUGGCCACUGGAGGCCCCUGCACCAGCCAAGCUGGGCCCAGUAGCCUUAAGCUGGGGAACACUGCUGGGGUUGAGGUGGCCCCACUGUCCUGAGGGUAGGGAAGGAAACUUCCCUGGACUGGAGUGGUUGUGCACCCUCAGCUGUGGCAUGGUACACGCCGCAGGUAAGGGCUUCUGGGGUCCCUGCUGUGGGCAAGGCCCAAGGCAUCCACGUUCCCUAAGAGCUAUCCCCCCACUGUGACCCCACCUACCCGGGCCUGUUCUGACCCCAGUAGCACCUCAGACUCACACAGUGACUGGAUCCUGGCAGCCCUAUUAACCCUUGUGCGUCCCUACCCAAGCACCCGGCAAUGCCCUUCCUCCUGCGCCCUGUCUCAGGUGGCAUCCACUCAUACACACACUGGAGUUCUGUCUCCCUCUGCCUUUGCUGUGCACGGCUGUGCAGCCUCGGGAGCGCCACUUGAGCUCCCAGGUCCCUGCAGGCUGGCCAGGAUGUCCUCUGGAUCAAGUCACAGUGGGCUGUUACUGGUGUGGAUCCUCUGUUCUGGGCACCCUCACAAGUGCACCAUUCCUAAGUCCCAUCUGGCGUAGGGUGCCACGUAAGUGCAUCUGGACCCAGGCCCGAAAUCGCCACCCUGAUGGGUUCCCUAGGCCCUCUAGAGGCCUCAUCCUGGGAGAACCGGGUGCCCAGCCACGGGCUACGGAUCCCCCGAGGUCUCUCCACCGCUCUGACCUCGAGCACUGUUGAAAUAAACUUUUUAUUGCAUUUCUGCCGUUUUACAAAAAUAUGACAAAAUAAAUUAAAAACAAAUAAAUAACCGCC